UGAGACUCUUUAAAGCCGUUGCUCCAUCCAGCAUAUUAAUCUUGUCGCAGGGAUCUGGACUUUGGAAAUACGCAGUACUUUUGACACGAGUGGCGCGGCUGCAUUUCGGCGUUUCCAUCCUUUUUUGUGGACUUACUUUCGCUUUCCUCGCAAACCUUAAGGAAACAUCAUGCUGCUUCUCUUACUGGGAAUCGUCGUCUUGCAUGUGGCAGCACUGGUUCUGCUCUUCGUGUCAACUAUAGUCAGUGCAUGGGUUGUUAACCCCAACAGCAGUUCGGACCUCUGGACAAACUGCACCACAGCGAAUGGACAGUCCAAAUGUGACCCUGCUGACACUGGAGUUUGGAUCCAGGCAGUCCAAGCUCUCAUGAUCCUGUCAAUCAUCUUCAGCUUCCUGUCUCUCUUCUUGUUCUUCUGCCAGCUCUUUACUCUCCAGAAGGGCGGACGCUUCUUCCUCACUGGAGCGUUCCAGAUCUUUGCUAGUCUUUUCGUUAUGAGUGGAGCUAUCAUUUAUACUGUAAUGAACUUUGAAUGGGUCCAUGAGUCACAACCCUACGGCUUUUCCUACAUCCUGGCCUGGGUAGCCUUCCCUCUGGCCUUCAUAAGCGGCUUAAUCUACGUCAUCUUGAGAAAACGAGAGUGAGGGGGCACCUCUCUCUAGUGGCCAUCACCUGGAAAUACAGCUAUGAAGCCAAAGUAUCACACUGCACCCACAAAGAAGUGAAAUCAUGUAGUAUCUUCACCCAGGGGAUCAGUCAAAAUCAACCCCGCUGCCACCCCGAAAAGACCUAUUCAAUACUGUCAUCAUCUGAAGAUGUGUAUAUAGUAUCUUUGGUUUAAAACCUAUUUAUAACACUUUUUACAUACAUGUACAUAGUAUUUUAUGUUUGCUCUGUUGACAAAGAACCUCUGAGAGCUUUACUUUUAGCUAAUUAAGUGCCUAGAGUGUGUGUUUGUCGCAGAAAUGUGUGUGUUUGUGUCAAUUUUUCUUUCCUUACAAGGCCAAAAAUACUUAUAAAAAGGUUUUCGAUGUAUUUUAACCAAAGUGCACGUAUUAAAUUAUAGGGACAAUGAAAGGAAGCGUUUUCAAUGAAGCUGCAUUGAGAAUUUAGAGAUGAAGUAACUUAAACACCAUCAUUAGAUCGGCAGUUUUGAAAGCUUUUUUUUUUUUGUUUUAUAGUUUUUCUAGUUUUCAAACAAAAAAUGGUGCUAUGUAUUUACCAUUCCUUUAACUAAUAGCCAUUUAGACUUUAUUUAGAAGGACGUAACAUGACUGAACGCCAAAAUCUGAACGCCAUUGAAUAUUUUGUGCUUGUGCCUAUAACACAAUGCUGUAUAUACAGUACUCACCGAAAAAAAAGGUUCAUUUUAUAAUAAAACAAACAAAAUGUGUUCU